AAAAAACACUCAGACAAAGGCAGGUCCCUUUGGGAAAAAAUCUCCCUUAAUCGCAUUUUAAAUGCUGACACAAUAAAUACUUUUUUUAACUCCAACACCAAAACCAAACCCACCCUCUCAAUUCUCAAACAAAAGAAGUCAACAAUGGCCAGCAUUACAUUUACAUUCAUAACUAUAUAUACCCAAACUAUACCACAAUUGAACCCACAAACAUUUCCAUUUUCCAUAAGAUCAAAUUUACGUAUAGCUAGCUAGCUAUCCAUUUUAUACCCAUUUGUUUCACUACAAAAAUCACAUAAUUGUUUCUAACUACACCUUUUGGGGUGCAUGGCGGAUAGGGAUCAAGUUAGGCCGCUAGCUCCAGCGUCAGAACGGCCAACAAGCAGCGACGAUGAAGAAUCUGCCGCAAUAAACACAAAAGGGUACUUAAGAAGGAAAAAUUGCAUCAAAUGUUGUGGAGGCAUUUCUGCCAUUUUGAUCAUCCAGGCAAUCGUCGUAGUCAUCUUGAUCUUCACCGUAUUCAAAGUCAAAGACCCCGAAAUCAACUUAAAGGGCGUCACGAUCGAUAAACUCGACCUAGUCAACGGCACGACGCCCCGUCCCGGCUCCAACAUGACCUUAACGGCUGACUUGGCCGUCAAGAAUCCGAACUACGCGAGUUUCAAGUACGGCAACACCACAACAACGUUGUAUUAUCACGGCACGGUGGUCGGAGAGGCGAGAGGGCCGCCGGGGAAGUCGAAGGCGAGGCGGACGGCAAGGAUGAAUAUCACCAUCGAUUUUAUUACCGAUAGGCUGAUUGGACAUCCGAUGUUGAAAGUUGAUGUGGGUUCUGGUUUGCUUCCCAUGACAACUUUUUCUAGGGUUGGUGGAAGGGUGAAGAUGCUCAAGAUUAUUAAUAAGCAUGUUGUUGUGAAGAUGAAUUGUAGUGUCAGUGUGAAUAUUACUUCAAGGACAAUUCAAGAUCAGAAAUGCAAGAGGAAAGUCAAGCUCUAAGAAUUAUGUCUAUGUAAGUCAUACCGAUAAUCUUAAUGAGAUCUUAGUGUAAAAAAAAAAAUUACGACGAAUGAUGGGACAAUUAUAGUGAUGGGUAUAUUUUUAUUUUAUUAAUUUACAUCACAUUAGUUAUUAUUUAUAGUGCGAUUAAGAAGAUUAUAUCUUUCUUAUAUUGCGGUUGGGGACGAGAUCGAUGUUUCAUAUGUUUAUACGCUUUUUUUAGACUUUGACUAGUGAGUAUCGAGUUGCUGAAGGAGGGUUUUUGUUUCAUAGUACUGCUCUCUUAAUUUUGAUCGAAUUUUGUCUACAUAUAUUUGAUAAGGAGUUAAUUUUUGGCUAAGUUGCGUGUUUUGGUUAUGACUUUGCGCUUUAGGUCGAACUAAUACAUGUUCAAUCAUAUGUUAUUUAAACUUUUUUUUAUGGGGUUGUACUUUGCAUACUUUGUUUUGUAAUAUUUCUUGGAUUGAGUUCCAUAUAAAUGGUAUACUGCCAUAUAUAGAG